AUGUGGUUUCAUAAGGUGUUCAACUACUUUCACCUUACCGGUGCUUCCGGUGGAGGAGGUGGAAAGAAUUCUACGAGAAAUAGAAAAUGCACCACGCAAGACCAGCAGGAAACUGAAAAGAAAGCGCGAGAACUCAGGACAAAAAGCGUCUUCGCUCCCGAAUUCGGUUGCUCAACAUUCUACGACGACGACGACCAACCUGACACAGAUGACGCCGUGCGAAGACCUGCCGGUAGUUGA